AUGUCUCCCAUCCUCUCGACCCUCUUGUUCGCGGCUGCCGCGACCGCGCAAGUGACAACCUCCAUCUGGAUGCCGUCGCCUUACCAGGAGGACACACAUAUCGGCUUCUACGCUUCUGUAGUCGGCGUCAGCGAGGGAAAGACUACACUGGCUCUCUCAUUUGAUAACAAAACCGACCUGGCAACCGCGGGGUAUAUCGUAGAGGACGAGCCCAACACGAUGACCUUCUACGGGAGCAGCCGCUUCGAAAGUGUCACCACGACCACAGAUGUGUCCGACGGGCUGGCGCUCACAAUGGGAUACGGAUGUCAAGAGACGAGUGCGCGGGGAGGCGUCAGUGUCGGCGCAAUGUGCCGCUUCGCGUCUGAAGGCCCAGCAGUAUAUUCGAGCGUCUGCGAGAAGUACUCAGACUACACGGAUGUCUACACCACGACCAAAGAGUUUGCCUACGGCGAUGACUAUACCGUCACUGAGACGACCACCAUUGAUUACCGCACAAGGGUGCCUUCAUACUGCAAGUCUGGCUCCACACUACCCGAGAGCAUCAUCGCGAACACGUACAUGAUCGAGCAGGAGGAGAUUGCUACCUACCAAGUCGUCAUCACCGCCGGCGCAGACAAACUGAGCGCUACGGCCGGCGCAACGCCAUCGAGCAGCGGCCCCGCACCCACCGGCACAGGCGCCUUUACGCUGCAUAAGGGGCAGAACGUUGUCCCUACGGAGACCGGCAGUGCGCUGCCAGUGCAGGAGACGGGUGCCGCUGGCGCUCUGCUGGCCCUGCAUCCCGCUCUUGCGGGUCUGGGCGCUGCUGCGAUGGCUUUCUUGCUUUAA